CACAGCCUUCUCUCUCCCAUUGUCUCGCUUACCCUAAAAACAUAUGUUCAUCUCCUACAUAAAGCCCCUCUCUUUGCAACUCUUCUUUACCCCACCCCUCUGCGCUCUCCCUCUUACAUUCACUAGCUCUCUCUGUAUACACUCUCUCUUCUUUUGGGUUUACUCACUGUGAAAAUAAAAGAAGAAUGAAUAUCAUUGCAAGCCGUAAUCUUUGACAAACCCUUGUUCAGAAGUCUCAUUUGGUGAGAUUAUCUUGGGUUUUCAUAGAUUUUUGAGGUCCUUCCAAUGGCAGAAAGUUUUGACUGUGCCAACUCGAACGUUCUCUGUUCUGAGAACGGCAAUGCUUGUUUCGAUGACCUUAAUUGCAAUGACACAGAUGGGUGUGGGAUUUCCUCCUCAUGGAACCACCCAAACACUCGUACACACAAUCAAGACCCGAUUUUUGAUAUAAUUAGAUCCGAAUCUUGGAUGGGUUUUCCACUGCACAGCGAAGAGAGAGUCAGAGAAAUGGUUGAGAGGGAGAGAGAGCAUUUGCCCAGAGAUGAUUACCUCAAGAGAUUGCGCAGUGGGGACUUGGAUUUGAGUGUUAGGAGAGAGGCUCUUGAUUGGAUUUGGAAGGCUCAUUCCCAUUACAGUUUUGGACCAUUAAGCCUUUGCCUAUCUAUAAACUAUUUGGAUCGCUUCCUGUCAAUUUAUGAAUUGCCAAGAGGUAAAAGCUGGGUGGUGCAAUUGUUAGCUGUAGCUUGUUUGUCACUGGCAGCCAAAAUGGAGGAGAUUAAAGUGCCACAGUCGGUAGAUUUACAGGUGGCAGAACCCAAGUUCGUGUUUGAAGCUAAAACUAUACAAAGAAUGGAGCUUCUGGUGCUGAGCACAUUGAGAUGGAGAAUGCAAGCUUUUACCCCUUGCUCCUUCAUUGACUACUUCCUGAGUAAGAGUAACAGUGUUCAGCUUCCAUCAUCAUUGUCCAUCUCCAGAUCAGUACAACUCAUAUUGAGCACAAUUAAAGGUAUUGACUUCUUGGAAUUCAGGCCUUCUGAAAUUGCUGCAUCAGUGGCUAUUUCUGUCUCAAGGCAAAUGCAAGCAGAGGUCAUUGAUAAGGCCAUGUCUUGUUUGAUAAACGUUGAAAAGGGAAGAGUGUUGAAGUGUCUUGAACUGAUCAAAGACCUGUCAUUGAUGAGUGGGUCUGCUAAUUUGACAGGUGCCUUGGCUCCAUCUGUGCCCCAAAGCCCCGUUGGGGUUUUAGAUGCUGCAUGCUUGAGCUAUAAAAGUGAUGAAUUAACAGUUGGGUCAUGUGCAAAUUCUUCACAUAAUAGUCCAGAUAUUAGAAGAGGAAACCAGGGACCAUCUGAAGUGGACUUCAAGUCAUGAGAUGUGAAUUUUUCUCCUUCACACCCAAGUCCAAUCAGUUUGGUUGAAUGGGAGUUUUUGUGUGGUUUUUGAGGAUGGCCCUCAGUUACAAAGGAAGAGAGAGAGAGUUUUAAUAAAUAAAUGAAUUAAGGUGGAAAGCAAUUCAAGAGGGUUUCAACUUUCAUGCUUCCAGCAUGAGAGAGAAAGUCACUAGCUGUCUAUAAUCAGAAAUUCAGCCAUAAAUAUUAAAAAUGGUGGUGGUUGUCAUGGUGGAUUA